AGAGUAUGCAUGCAGAGCUGCCAGGUAACUGGUUCAAACAUUUUGUUGUUGUUUUCACUGGUACAUACAUGAUCGUUUCACAUGCUCGAUCAGCCGUGGUGGAAUGGUCUUCUUUUCUAACAAAAUACAGACUCAGUAGUAGGGUGUGUGUUUGAGUAGGGCGUGGGAGCACGUCUCAUAUUCCUUUCCAGAUCAUAUUAAUUUUUUUCAUUUUAUUCUCGCCCUUUCAACCUUGCAGCUGCUUGGAAGAAAUUAAAUUAGUAUUUGUGAGUGUUCCCCUUUGAAGAAUCAGUUAUCUCAUUUCACCAAUUAUGGUAUGCUCCUGUGGAAAAUAUGGCUUGGGAUAUCUUCCCAUUGUUCUCUUAGUGAAUACGGGUGGCUGCUUCAUCACCACGUAUUUGAUUGCGGCUUACUCCGGUCAUGUGUCAUUUGAGUUCCCAUACAUAAGUGACACGGGCUCAGAUCCACCAGAGAGCUGCAUAUUCACGUUCUUCCUCAGCAUCGGUGCAUUUCUCGCCGCGGCUAUUAUAUUCAUACGCUAUCGGCACGUAGCAGACUAUAACCGUGAAGAUGUAAACAAAGUGUUGAGGAUCAACAAAGCUGCCUUUUACAUUGGCAUGGUGUCUCCUUUGGGCAUGCUGCUUGUGGCAAGCUUCCAGAAUGUAAACGUCCUAUCAGUGCAUAUCCUGGGUGCAGGCGGUGCCUUUUUCGGUGGCUGCAUCUACGCAUGGUUGCAGACACUGAUCACGUACAGGAUGCACACCAGCACGUCGCUCAUGCUGGAUGCACGCUUCCUGCUGAGUCUCUUCUCUUCGGUGUCUUUGAUCAUCGCGGCAACCUAUGCUGAGAUUGCGCUGCUGGAACUGCAUGGAAAGUUCAACUCCAAUGAGGCACUGCACUGGAAUACGAAGAAUGGGGGUUUCAGGUCACAUAUAGCUAGUACCAUUGGUGAAUGGUGUACGGGCCUGGCUUUCCUGCUGUUCUUCCUGACGUACGUCAAGGACUUCUCUCGCUUGACACUCGACGUUCAGCUACGACUUCACCUGGAGGAUCCCCUAUUGCUGUCCAGCGACGCUCAUUUGCGUGACAGCACAUCUCCGACUUUGAACAACCCCGAUGAGCAUGAGCCUCUGCUACACAACAGUACUUCAAGUGGUCGUAACUCGGCAAACUAUUUGUCAAACCAUAAAUCGAACUAUAUUUAAUUCCUGGCAAUAUCAUUACUUUUCACACAAAAUAUCUGCUUGAGACGAAUCCCAUACUUGCUGGCUAUUCUGCAUCAUAGAAUUGCUUUGCAUCCUACUUCAUUCCACGUGUUUAGAACUUUUUUUACCGCAUGUGUUUCUUCAUGAUAUUUUUCACACAAAACCUUUCUCGAACUUGAUGGUUGUAGUCAUUUCCAAAAAGAUAUGGUUUUUACUUUUUAGGGGUUUUGUAUUUAGCCAUAGACCUAUAAGACCUAAAUAUAGUUGGUGCUAAUCUUUUUCAAUAUACGAUUCCUCCAACAUCUUAAAGUAUUCGCAUUCAACAUAUUCGAUAAUUGCAAUCAAAAGGGCUGGCUGAUUCCUCCAGUUAUUUGCUUCUUUCAAGGCUUCUUCUAUCGACACAGACAGUGCAUUUCCAAAUUCGUUCCUACUGACAAACAUUGCUUUGAAAUCAGCUAUGCUGAUGCUUCCUUCCCUUUGCCUUCGGGUUUCUUCUGAAGUACAAGUAGAAGUACCAUGUUUUGCAGAAACGUUAA